CAGUAUGUCGGAGAACCUCGUCCUCACCUUCCAGACCCAGCUCUCGGGAGUCAUGGAGACGGUCUUAAAGUCAGCCAUAUAUGAGAUCACCAGGUUGGUGGAGGACGGCUUCCUGGAGGAGGUGUCCCGGAGCCGUGAGCAGGUCGAGUCGCUGAAGAAGAGGCUACAGCGGUCGGAGAACAGAGGAAGGGAGAGGGACAGAGAGGGAGGCCAGAGGGGGAAGUGUGAGGACUGUGGGAGAGCAGAUGAGGAAGGUGGAAACUCUGGAAACUCACAGACAGGUGCAGAGAGGGGGCGUGGCCUGAAGCAGGAGAAGGUACCAGGGGAGGAGUGGAGCAGCUGUGGGGGAGUGGCCGGGGAAACAGCCUUCCAUGAUUUGGAGGCUGAGGCCACCAGCCUUAGGAGAACCUCUGAGUCUACAGAGGUCGCAGGUCAGAAGCUGGACAGUCUGCUGAAAGAGGAGCCUCUCCACAACACUGAGCUACAGGAGAGAUGGGGUGUCUGCCUGGACGGUGCCGUUGGUUCAGACGUCUCGGGGCCAAGUAAGAGUUUCAGUGAGCAGGAGCUGCAGCAGUGCCAGGCUGACUGGGGAUCCGGUCUAGACCAGGGGCCUGAACCACCAGGCCCAGAGGGAAACCCAGCGGACCCCAGCCAACCUCUCUUCCAACCCCGUUACAGCAUGGAGGCUCUGGGGGGUGGCUUUGAGAAAUCUGGUUACGGCGGUGCUGGUGGUGGAGGAGGCCAUCGUCUAGACGUGGAAGGGCUGGAUAGGCUUCCUGGUUCUCCGUCUCAUCUGGGGGGGCUGAGCUACGGAGCUGUGGGUCACUACCAGGUGGACCUGGGGGGGUCUGAAGGGGGAGACCAUCACCAUCGCUCCCACAUGCCUGUUCCCCAUCGGAGCCGGAGGGAGCAGGUGGGGUCGCCAACACCAUCCCCCCACCCAGAGGUGGGUGUCCGGAACUGCCUGUUGAUCAACGAGGAGGGGUACCUGCAGGACUCCAGUGUCUUGUACCCUGAACACGGUGUCCCAGAGUCAGGUAGCAGAGCCAGUCACAGGGGGCUAACCUCCAUCCACUCUGGAAGCUCAGCCCACAACAACAACACAGAGAGCCUGUAUGGUGCCCCUGACAACUUUGGACACUCUCUAAACCUCAGAGAUCGUUCACAAGAGCAGGUAACAGAAGGAGGAGUAAUGGGAGGAGGGGGGAAGCGUCACGCCUGCAAUCAAUGCACCAUGACAUUCUCAGACUCUGGAUCCCUUGAGGCCCACAAGCAGACACACAAAACGGGUAGAGUCUCAGGGUCAGGAUCUCUGUACUCCUGCACCCAGUGCGGUAAGACCUUCACCCAGGCCUGCAACCUCAAGGUCCACCAGCGAGUCCACCAGGCAGAGGGACUUCACCUCUGCAGCCACUGCUCCAAGGGCUUCACUUCCUUCUGCGACCUGAAGAGGCACAAGUGCAGCCAGAUGACAGACAAGCCCUACUGCUGCUCCAUCUGCGGGAACAAAUUCAGUCGGCUCUGGAACCUCAAGCUGCACCGGCGCAUUCACACACAGGAGAAACCCCACCGCUGCACUAUGUGUGACAAGAGCUUUGCUCGGGCGGACAAUUUGAAGGUGCACCAGCGCACCCACACUGGGGAGAGACCGUACUGCUGCGCUGUGUGUGGACUCAGCUUCAAACAACUGAACCAUCUGAAGUGGCACCAGCGCAAACACAGGCUGGAUCUCCUGGCCUGAGCAGUGGUCUAGAAAACCAUUUUUUUUAGAAAUUGUUUAUUAAUAAGGACAUUGAAAAUAUGAACUGUUGGAAAUCAAACCAUGUGUUGAAUAAGAAUUAAUGUCUUACAUUUGGACUGUCUAUAAAUUGUCUGUCAUAAUGAUCGUGCGUAACCUAUGAAACAUUUGAAUGAUGGAGCAUUCGUGUGCUCGUGGGAAGUCGUAAGUCUGACAUGAUUGUGUUCAAGUGUAUUUGAAGUCAGACCAAUUCUUUAACCAAUAAGAUUUUUGCUAGCUAAUGUUGCUCAUAAUAAAGUUAUCUAGUUUGCUUAACAUUGACAGUAUGGUAAAACUAGCUACAUUAUCCAAAUUGAUAAGUUUGUAAUUGUCAAAAUUGGAUUUGUCAUGUUUUGGUUGAAAAGGUAUAAGUGCUUGUAAUUACGACUUAGAGGGUUGUUCAAGUGAAACUUCCCAGCCCAGAUUUUUACAUACAAAUAAAACACAUUUUAAAGCAA